AUGGCACAACGCCGUAGCGCCCAAGGGUCCGUGAUGGGCCAGGGUCCACUGGUCUUUCAUGCCCCAGACUGGAAUGCGGGUCGUCUGUUAUCGGUACCUACGCUGGACACAAGCAUAGAGAACACUCGACUGACAGAUAGUUACUCACAGUCUCGGAGCCCAUCCUCGAACCCGUCUCCCAUCUCCCCAGGCAGUGGAGGCCCAGAACCCCUAGCAGUGGAAUUUGGGUUAAUACCCGGCGGGGAUCAGGGCUUUGAUAUGACAGGAAAUACAAAUAGCCUAGCUGGUAUAUCUUCCCACAUCACGGGCUGGGAGGGUUCCGGGGUUUCUUGUAUCGACCCCAUCAACCCGACCUGGACCGGACCCACUGGCAGUUAUCCAUUCGAUCCCCUCAGCGAAGUUAAAGCCGAUCUGGAACGACUUAGUGUGACUGUACAGUCGAGCCUCGGUUGCCUGGAAGUUCCCCAACUGAGUGAGCUGAAGGGUCUCUUGUCACAAUUUCUUCCGAUGCUUGAGUCCGUGGUCCAAUCCGAGUUCGAGCUGAGAGUACCGUCGUCCCCCGCCGAAAGCCCAGAAGAUGAGUUCAGCUAUCGUUGUUGUCUGUGCCCGAGCAGCAGAAGCCAAAAAUGCUCCAAGCGAGGGGCAUUCAAGCGGCACGUUACCGAGAGACACGAACCGGAGUACAAGUACUAUUGUUCGUUUUGCCCCUGGAAUACACCCAGACGGGACAAGGUACACGAUCACUACCGGAAAUACCACGGGUUAGUAGGACGCUUGACGGCAGGGAAAGUCAACAGCCUCGGAGUGAAGCUACCUGCGCCACCACACUGUGGGAUCUGUCUUGAGCCCGUGAACUCGUAUGCCGCUUAUUUCAACUGUUUUGCAAGUCACUGUCGUGUCUCGGGGAAUAACUCCGGCGUGGCAAGCUCCAAUGGGAGUAGAAAGAACAGCGACGGCAGCGGAAAUGGCGGCGGUAGCGGAAAUAGACAAAAUGGGUCUUUCAAUAACUUUGGCGGGUCUGGGGGACCCUCCGGUUUCUCAUAUGGAAACGGGAAUGGUUACUCUGGAGGCUCCUCCAAUCCUUAUUUUGGACAAUCUUUCGGGUACAACAACCAAUGCUCCAAGGAUGUAGUCGAUCUCCAUCAACAUCAGUCCAGCGCACCCAGGAUCCAGGAUCCACACGAUAAACACACCAACCCCUGUGAGUCAACAAACGAGAGAGAGAUAUCCGACCAAGUCGAACACUGCAAGGACCAUACCGACCACCAAACCCAAAACACUGACACGCAAAAAAAGUCACCAGCGAUGCCAGUUCAGCACGAUUCGUUGGAUCUUAGCGACCAGCCCGAGGAUAGAAGGGCUCAUCUCCGAGGAUCUAUCAAUGGAAUCUUGGGCAAGAGUCUCCCACGGAAAUCUGGCACUACCGACACUCGACGUUGCAGGUCUUGCGGACACGGUAUCGACGACUGUGCAAGAUGCAAAAGUUUUGGUGCAGUGGCCGACCGCUGCCACAACUGUGCAGAUAAGAGCUGUGUUCUGCAGAUGUCUCGCCGGGAAAUGCCUCGCCCUGCGGAUGAAGCCGAGUCUCCUCAUUUUGGCCCUCCUGAUCCCAAGUCUGCGCUCGCGCUGAGGAAGUCCCGCUCACUACCUACCUACCGAGGGGACAAAACCAGAAUGGCUUUGAAAUCUUUGCCGACUUCACACCCCGAAGGAAAACCUGGUCGUCAUCUAGGGGAACGUGAUAUAGCUCUUCAAGAGUUGCAUAGCUCCUUGGCCGCCAUCGCGAGAAAACAAGGUGCUUUGAGGAUGCCUCGUGUGAAUCGGUGGCUUUCGGACAAAACAGCCACCCACCGUGCUUCUGAGGACGGCGCAAGCACGGGCAAUUAUAUCAUACCGCGCCUGGAGCGUUUCUCCUCUGAUACUUGGCGUCAGCAAACGAUAUCCCUCGAAAGAUAUCGUUACAUUGCACGGUUCCUACAAGGGUCAUUGAGACAAGGAGAUCAUGUGUUCGAUAUCCCUUUUCGGAUUCCCCUAGACCACAGGCUAGGUUCACAGGAGCGGAGGAAGACUGCCUUAUUGCUCGAAUCUGCACCGUCUGCGACAUGCCGCUUGUCGCUCAGAAGACACUCGCUGAAAGGCACAGUGCACGUGGUGGUCGGACUCCUCACACUGCAUGCGUCGGUCGCGAAAACACAACCAGUUGCCGAACCGGUUGAACAGGAUUGCGUCGACGACCAUGGUCUCAUUCCAAACACCCUGGGAUCUCCAAAAGUUGAUGCCGAGAUUUGCAUGCCGUAUUCCUACAAUCUGCUCUCGCAUAUUGUGCAGGCCGUUGGGAACUGGAAUGCGGGCCUCAUAGACCACCUUUCGUUCAAGUCGCUCCAAGCCUCUGGGUCUGUUAUCGAUGACGAAAAGAAUUUCGUCGUGAGCGCUUUUAUGAGUACCUUGGCGAAUAUUGUGCAGGGUCCGGGUUACUCUGGUAGUAUAGACUUGAGUCAGCUCUCUUUUCUUUGA